AUGUUCGCCAUUGGUCUCAUGGCCCACAAUCGCAACGAACCCCAAACCGCCUCUGACACCCUCUCUUUCCUCAAAAAGAAGAUUGGUGCAACUCCUUACAACAACCAAGAAGCAUUCGCACGCACACUCACCUACUUCUCCGCCAUAACGGACCAGCUUAAUGGCCCCCUCCACGCCUCCCUCUCGUCUUACUCCUCCCCAAUCCUUGGCAUACCCGAAAAGGCGCACGCAACGCCAGCCAAAAUAGAUUUCGCGGUGACUGCAGCACUCAACCGACUCCUCAUCCUCCGCGACCCAUCCCACCCCCAGCACACUCAAGCGCAAUCUCUGCUAGCCCAAGUCAAACCCUACGCCGAAGAUCACCCCAACCAAUACCUCCGCAUCGCCUUCCGCCUCAUCGCCGCCUUUCAUGCCGAAUCCACAACUUCCAUCCUCCAGCAAAAGAAGACGGUACAAGCUGCUGUCGGCCUAGCCCAGGAAAUCAGCAAGAGGACACUCAACUUUGAGUUUGUGGCUAUGAUGAUGUGUUAUUUCGUCGCGCGCUUCUUUGCUGAUACCGUGGGCGAGAAGAGUAUUCAGGCGAUUAGGGCUGCGAGGAGUCAGGCGGGGAAGGUUAGGAGGGGGGUUUGGAUGGGUGUGGCGAGUGGGAUUGCGGUGGGCGUUUACGCGAGGAAUGGGAUGGGAGGGGAGGCUGAGAGGGCGGCGAGGGAGUGGGAGGGGGUUAGGGGGUCGUUGCCGGGACCGCUGCUUGGUGCUGGUGGGGGAGAGGAUGAUGCGGAAGGUGAUGAGGAUGAUGCUGAAGGCGAAGAGGAUGGAGACUUAGAUGCGGAUGGCGAUAUUGAUGUUGUGGGGUAG